AUGGCGACUAGAGGAAGAGGCCGAGGCAGGGGGAGGGGAAGAGGACCUCCUCCAGAGUGUGGCCACUGUCACAAGAAGGGCCACACGAGAGAAAAUUGCUUCCAAUUGAUUGGGUAUCCACCGGAUUUCAAAGCCUCCAAGGGGAGAGGAAAUCAGGAUGCCACUGCGAAACAGACAAAUUCAGAUUCGAAAAUUGAAUCUCAUUCGGCCAACACCGUUACUCCUUCAUUCACCAAGGAUCAAUAUGAGAAACUUCUCCAACUCUUAAAGAAAGAUGCAGAAGAAACCGUUCACGCUCUUACUAGUACAGGUUUGGCUAAUUCCCCUUCUCGUACACAUCCACACACCAAUUGGGUAAUUGAUUCGAGUGCCACAACUCAUUUAGUAAGCGACCUUUCUCUGCUAGAUGGUUAUGAAAUAUACACUGGGUUUGUCAAAACAAUUAAGCUGCCUGAUGGUGAUAGAGUUUCCGUGACUCAUGGCCUUCAGGUUGGCAAAUUGAGGGCGACUGGUAGAUUGGUAGAUGGACUUUACAUAUUACAGACCACAAAUCAAGAAUUUGUUAGUUUUGUUGAUGAUGUAGGGAAGAAUUUUAAGAACUUUGAUGUUUCUUUGUUGCACAAAAGGCUUGGUCUUGCCCCUGAAUUUAUAGCAUAUAUUCUAAAUCAAUUUUCUGUUCAUGUUAAGAGGAUUCGUACAGAUAAUGGCCUAGAAUUUUUGUGUCAUGAUCUGCAGCAUUUUCUUAAAAGCAGAGGAAUUAUACAUGAAAGAUCAUGUGCCUAUACCCCUGAACAGAAUGGCAUAGUUGAGCGAAAACAUAGAACAUUAAUGCAGAUUUCUAGGAGUCUAAUGAUACAAUCUAAUAUGCCUGUCAAAUAUCGGGGAGAAUGUGUUAAAAUGGCUACCUACUUGGUUAAUAGAAUUCCUUCUAAGAUAUUAGCCCAUAAGACACCUUAUGAGAUAGUUUACCACAAGCUCCCAGAUUAUGAUCUCAUUAGAACGUUUGGCUGUUUAGCUUAUGCAUCUGAUUUGACUGUCACAGAUAAAUUCAAACCUAGGUCAGUGCCUUGUGUUUUCCUUGGGUACCCCAACAAUCAAAAGGGCUUUGUCUUGCUUGACAUUUUCAGCAAGAGAAUUUUUACAAGUAGGCAUGUUAAGUUCAUAGAAGAUAAAUUCCCUUUCCAUGAGGCAGUAGGCACUGACCCAGGGGGAGUGUUUAAGCGUACAGAUCUGUUUAUGUUUGACCUUGAGAUGAAUGAAGAAAAUAUAGUAAAUAAAAACACAGUACAUAACAACAAUGCGUCCAAUGAGCAGUCUGUCAACCCAAAUACCUUUGAAGGUGAUGUUCUUGACCAGGACAUGAUUGAGCAGAGUCAUUUUAGACCUAUUAAAGAAAGAAGGCCGCCUGUUUAG